AUGAGCGAGAACCAGCCAUUCAAUUUAAGUUACAUCCCAGUAGAUAAAAACAACGUUGGACUUCUACGAAGGAUCCACCGUGAGACACUCCCUGUCCAUUAUGGUCGCCACAUUUACAAAAUGUUUGAAGAAGGAAAAAUUGCUCGCGGUUUGCUUGUUUACUUAAACGACGAUCUUCCAAUUGGUGAAAUUUGCUGGCGUAUUGAAGAAGAUGAAAAAGAUCCAAAAAUACACAAAAUUUAUUUAAUGACCAUUGGCGUUUUACACACAUAUCAACGCCGUGGCAUUGCAAAGAAGCUAUUACAACAUAUUAUUGAUGAAAGCAAAGAUAUUGACGAAAUUUUUCUUCAUGUUUUAUACAGUAACGAAGUUGCCAUGAAAUUCUAUGAAAAAUUUGGAUUUACUAGGAAAGAAUUCCUUCCAGGCUAUUAUAAAGCUUUGGAAGUUGGAGAUGCCUAUAUCUAUUCCAUGCCAAUCACAAAGAAGACUGAAUAA